AUGUCUCCUUCCCUUGGGCUUCAAGCCCGUCAUAUUCAGGAUAUGAUGGGCGUCGACGAGAGUAACUUGGAGAAGCAUUGGGGGUAUGCCGACCGAGUCGUUCCAUGUACCAACGAUCCUGGAUCUUGUGAAUACCUCGAUGCGAUCUACCAUGCCCAUGAUCUCUCUAUGCUCUACUCCUUCAUCAUGUGGGGGGUCAUUGGAGCCAUCGCUCUCAUUUGGGUCGUUCUCAGAAUCCUCCAGCCACAUCGAAAGAAGGGUUCCGAAAACAGCGAGGCUAACUCUGGUCGACUGGCUCAAAGCGGGUUAUAUCGAGCGAAAAGAACGAUUGGCGCAUUUGGGAGAAAGUGGCUCCUACCGGAGAGCUUCGUGAGCUUCUUUGGGCACGUAUCACGACUGCAACUAGUGAUCCUCGGCGUGAUCCUUACCUACCUCCUAAUCUUCUCGUUCGCUGGCCUGGUCUACAAGACCUGGGUCACCCCAAUCAAGAACUCGACCGAGAAGAACACACGUGUGACAAUGGGAGCAUUCUCGGAUAGGAUUGGAGUUAUUGCGUACGGACUCACACCCUUAGUGGUAAUUUUGAGUACUCGGGAGAGUGUUUUAUCACUCUUGACUGGCGUUCCGUAUCAGAGUUUCACCUUCCUACAUCGGUGGACCGGAAGGGUUAUCUUUAUUCAGUCUUUCGUGCAUACCCUCAUCUGGACCGUCAUCGAGGGGAAACUGUAUAGGCCGCAACCGACAGUUUUCCAGGAAUGGAUCAAGCAGCCGUACAUGAUAUUCGGCUGUUUCGCCAUGCUACUCAUUACCUUCCUCUUUAUAUUCAGUUGCAGCUGGGCGAUCCGCUUGACUGGGUAUGAGUUCUUCCGGAAAACCCACUACAUUGUCGCGGCUCUGUACAUUGGGAUGUGCUGGGGCCACUGGGCACAGCUUUACUGUUGGAUGGUGCCAUCUCUUGCUCUCAUGGCCCUGGAUCGCGCUAUCCGCCUCAUCAGAGUAGCAUUGAUCCAUCGUGGAGGAAGGGACCCACUCGCCAAACUUUCAUUCAAACCCGCGCAGGCCUCGGUACGGUUAUUUGCCAGCGCAUAUGACCCGACCGAUGCGGUCGUGAGACUCGAUUUCCAUCAGCCGCAGCAGCCCUGGAGUCCGGGAGAACAUUUCUAUUUAACCUUUCCGGCGCUCUCUAUCUGGCAAGCCCAUCCAUUGACCACGUCUUCCCUCCCGGUUCUUGGAGAUGGACGGGGUAUCAAACACACCUACAUCAUUCGCGCCUGCAAAGGGGAAACCGCCCGCCUUGCAGCCCUCGCCAGCCCUCUCGUCUUGUCCGUUGACAUGGACCAUGGUCCCUCCGAUAUCAAGAUCGAUGCCACAACCGAAACCCCUACCGUAAUGACCCCCGUCCUCCUCUGCGGGCCCUACGGCCACGCUCCGCUCGGCCCUUCCCUUGCAUCCCCUCCUUCUUCUGAUCGUCCGACCAACCUCCUGGCCGUGGCGGGCGGCACUGGUAUCUCUUUCUGCCUACCCAUCGUCCUCGAUGCUGUCGCCCAUCAGAAAUGCGCCAUGGUCGAGCUCGUCUGGAUGGUCCGCCGCAAAGAAGAUAUCGCGUGGGUGGCGCCGGAGCUGCGUGAACUCGCCGAGAGGGCUGCGGCUGCGAGUGGAGUGAGCUUACGGGUGAGGGUAAUUGCAACGCGGGAGAAAACGACGAGUGAAGUACUUAAGGACGAGGUGACUAUAACGGCCGUGGAAAAUAAUAUCGUGGAAAAGGAGAUCGAGAGGGCGAGCAGCAGCAGUGAUAGCGAAGUGACCAAGGCCGCGGGAGCAUUGGACCAUCGUCAUCCCCUGUCCCAGGAGCUGGUCAAUGGGUUCCUCAAUCGAGUAGCGACAGGACGAACCAUGGUCGUGGCGUCGGGGCCGGUGGGGCUCGGGAGGGAUAUGAAAGACGCGGUUGCAGCAAGAAACAAUCCGGUGCGAGUGUGGAAAGGGGACGAGUCUGGGGAUGUCGAGUUUGUGUGGGACGAGCGGCUCACACUCUAG